AGUGCUUGCCCUCUCUGAUGUACACGCUCUGUGCAUUGUGACUAGUGAACUGAUUACCCGACUUGAACUGCGCAUUUGGGCUUAAAAAAUCGGUCAGUGGUCGCAAUGACGGAAGCCAAUGACUCGGACUCUGGGAAAGGUUACUAUCGACGAUCCGAGAUGCGUCGACUGAUGUCGCAACCGGUUGAGACGUACCGUUAUGAAGAAGAGUCGAAACGUGGUGACGGUGACGGUGCUGUCACGGCACGGCCGCCAGUUAUGCGACGCUUCGCCGCCCCCGUGCAGCGCUACGCAAAUCGCAUCUCCAUGCCUGUUUUACCGCAGGGCAAUAUACACGAAAGUUCUCCGGAUUUGCAGGAGUCGAAAACGCGGUCCGGGCUGAUGUCCGAUGUCGAGCUGCAGCAAGGUUUCAAGUACUCAUCGAACCUUCGAGAAACAGAUCCAGAUUUUCCCGGGGAGUCUUUUGGGUCUCGGGUUGCCGAACGUUCGCGAAGGAUCUCGACCUCGUCUCAUUUUUCCUCCUGUCCACCAACGGUGAUGGUUAUUGCUAAUGGAGGCGGUUCAUCGGACUCCGUCGGUGAUUCUGACAAGCUAUCUAUGAUUUACGAGCCGCGGCAUUUUCAUUCCGGCUCCCCGAUUCAAGUCGAUUAG